UAUAAAUGUCUCAGGUAAAUACAAACUCCAAUUCAAAACUACGAAGAAUCAUCACAGUUGCCAGCAGCACUAAACAGCCAAAAGCCUCAAAUAGAGCCCCAAAAUUUCUUUCAAGGAGAAAACAAAGCCGGCAUAUUGCUCUUCAGACUUCCAAGAGACACAUUUUUAAGAUCUAUUCGCCUAUGAGGAUAGUCCCUAACAAAUUUAAUCCUUACAAAGCACACUCGAAGCUGAAUUGAAGCUUCUCACCUGCGCCUAGUUUCCAUUCCAAUAAUCGUGUGAAAAACUCUCUUAAUAAGACAACUAUGGAGUCGCAUAACAUUAAGUCUCCAAAGAAGCAAGCACAAAAAUUGCCCAAAUUAAGGAAUGAGUGCCUUUACGGAGCAUGAGAAAAGACUAAAAGAAUGUCUAAGCGAGUUCAGCAGUUUAGAUAUCACCAGCAAAAUGCUAAAAAGAAUGCCAUCAAAAAUCUUAAAAAGAAAUAUAAGAGCCGUAGGCAAAGCUCUUUGCUAACAAUUGCUACUGGGACUAGUUCCAGAUAUCACAAUACUACAAGGCAAACGGAAGGAAUAGAUAACAACAAAGGAAAACUAUCAUCUUUUAAACUCCCAAAUCUAAAAGAAAGUGGGAAAAAGAGAAGCCAUCGGCCUAAAAACAUAAGUAAAAGUAAUAUUAGUAGAGCAAGUGAUGACAAGAACUCUUUCGGAUACUCAAAAAUGGCUAACCCUGCAUCCCCAAUGAUCAUCCAGAAGAAAUUCAGAAAGCAUGAUUGUGUAUCUCAGAAUUCUAAAGCGAUGAAGUCGAAAUCUGGAAUGAGCCACGGGAUAGUUAUUCCAAAAGGCUAUAGCCCUAGUAAAAGUUAUUACCAAUCAAAAUGUUUCGGCAAACAAAUCUCUAAGAAGCCGAACCUAGUUAAAAAGCUGGAUGAUAACUUAACAGUUAGCACUGCGAAACCAGCACCUUUUUAUAAAAGCCUCAGAUCAGGAUUAAUGAACAAUAAGACUACUCUAGAAAGUUCUAAUUCUGGAACCACAAAGAGGAGAAGCUAUAAGGCUACAAAUCUCCAAAUGUUUAAUAUAAAGGAUGAAUCUACUCCUAUGAAAAGGAGAAAAGACUCUCAAGUCAUCGAAGAAAAAGGCAAGAAAUUAGACGAAGUUUUCAAGAACUCCUCCAAACAAGACUCUGACCGAGGAAAAAUGGAGAACAAGGAUAUUUCCAACCUCACCCUUGAAGAAUACAUGCUGAAUUAUGGAAGACCUUAUAGAAAUAACAGCAUGAAAAAGAUCGAAUCAGUCACUACUUGGAGAGUUGUCAAUGAAGAUCCAUCUGAGAGUUACAUUACUGUUGAUGAAGAAUUCGAAAAAGAAACCCAAAACCCUAUAUCAAGGUCAGUAGACCCUAUAAGACAAAGAUCUUGAGAAAAUAAGGUUUCUCCACAUGUUGCAAACUCAGCUGAAAGGAAGAGCCAGAUAAAGCUCUCAAUUUUAUCUGCUUUGAAGAAGAAAACAACUCAUGUCUAUAAGAAGCAAAGAUCAACCUCCAGAGUGUUAGAUGACCUUGAGAGGAAGAUUUCCUCUCCGCUUCUAUCAAAUGUUAUGAAUGCCUUUUUUUAGUACAACAAAAAUUCAGGCACCUACAGGUCCUCAAUCUAUCCGUAUGUCAAGUAAUGCAAGUAUAUUGUAUCCAAUCAGAGAGGAAAAUGGUGCUAAGAUGUCUAUUGAUGAGGACAUCCUUGAUGAGGUUGCCUCUUCAUCCUCAAUUUCAGAAGAAAAAGGCCUAAGAGAUAUUGAAAAGAACUCUGUUCCCGAUGACCAAUUAUUACAAGUCGGGAGAAGAAGGACAAAUAUCAUGAUAAAAAUCCCUAAAAACCAACAACUUCAGCUCGAAACCAACACUCCACGUACAAAUCGUCCAAGCAAAUUCAAACAGGAUAGCUUCCUACCCUAAACCCCAUUU